AAAUCGUCAUGGCGCGGUGUAAAUGCUUCCAAAUUUUUCCAGGAGAUUCAUUUUUGGCUUUAUUACCACCCACCAAUUACUACGAGAACAGCUAAUCUGUAAGUUGGAGCUUGCCAAACUUUUUACGGCGUUUUUGCCGUGAGGCACUUGAAAAUGUUCAAGCGUUUGUUUCAAAAGAAACGUAAACGAAUCGACAUAUCGGAACCGCAGAACUUCGAACACCGAUUUCACACUGGAUAUGAUACAAAAACGGGGAAGUUCCUUGGUUUGCCGCCUCAAUGGGAAGCCUUGCUUGGGAUAGAGAGAGAAUCUCAAAGGAGACCUAAACCGAUUGUCGAUCCUGAAAUUAUCACUCAAGUUUCACCGUUGCGAAAGUCCCAAUUGAAUUUGUUGAACUCCGAGAAACCCGGACAAGCUUCUAAAGUCAUAUCCGUUUCUAGGUCGAAUUCCCUGCGCAAUUCGUUCAGAGUUAAUCCAGGCUCUAGACCUUCCGGUAGAAAAAGAGAUAGACCGAAUCCUGAACUUAGUGAAGGUGUAGAUGCUUCGAGGACAUCCAACGGGAAUGUUGCAGCGGAUUAUUUUCCAGAAAGUCCCGAGAAAUUAAACAACCGCCGAUUUUCGCAAGGGUAUGGACGCUCGUACAACGAAAGAGACAAUAAUAGGCAGCAAAAGACUUCUGGUAUACAGAGAGAGACGUCUGCGAGUUCCGAUUAUGGCUCGGCAAGUACGGACUCGGCGGGCGAAGCAGCGGAAAAUAACGGAGACGACCUUCGAAGUUCUUCGAAGACGAGGCUCAUGUACUCUGAUUCACCAGUGAGUCACGAGCAGUUUCGUAAAGCUUUGGAAUUAGUUGUAACCUCGACUGGUCCGCCUGAGAAUCUGGAAAAUUUUAUUAAAAUAGGCGAGGGUUCAACCGGGGUUGUCUGUCUUGCUCGAGACAACAAAACGGGACGGCAAGUUGCGGUGAAGAAAAUGGAUUUGAAAAAACAACAAAGAAGAGAACUUUUGUUCAAUGAGGUGGUGAUUAUGAGAGAUUACCCACACCCAAACAUAGUGGAAAUGUAUGGAAGUCACCUUGUUGGAGAUGAACUGUGGGUAGUUAUGGAAUUCCUUGAGGGAGGAUCACUAACAGAUAUCAUAACUCACACAAGUUUGACAGAGGAGCAGGUGUCCUGUGUGUGCCGUGCCGUGUUGAAAGCUCUGGCUUUCCUGCAUCCACAGGGAGUUAUCCACAGAGAUAUCAAGAGUGAUAGUAUUCUUCUCACCACAAGUGGACAGGUGAAGCUGUCUGACUUUGGUUUCUGUGCCCAAGUGACAGAAGAAAUGCCAAGAAGAAAGUCCCUUGUUGGCACUCCAUACUGGAUGGCACCUGAAGUUAUAUCAAGAAAACCUUAUGGGACACAGGCUGAUAUCUGGUCCCUAGGGAUCAUGAUUCUUGAGAUGAUUGAUGGAGAGCCACCUUAUUUCAGUGAGCCUCCAUUACAAGCCAUGAGAAAACUGAGGGACCUGGAUCCACCAAUCACACAAAGGAAUGGUGAGAUGUCUUCUCGGCUGCUGUCAUUUUUGCAGAGAACCUUGGAGCGUGACCCAGCACAAAGAGCUUCUGCAUUUGAACUUCUUAAUCAUUCCUUCAUUCGCAGCACGUCCAACUCUACAUCUCUUGCAGACAUGAUGAAAAGUUUUCGACACAGUGUUUGUUAGGCUGACAGUACAUUUAUUUAGUGGCCUUUGGCACUAGGAAAGAACCUCUCAUGCCCAGAGCUGUCCUUUGGAUUUGGUCUGCAAAAUUCAACUAAGAGAGCCAUAGAGCUGAAGGGUUUUUGAAGUAUGAGCAGUCUUAGAAUUUUAUUUCACAUGACACAUUUCCCUCCCUGAUCCCCCAUCAUUUGAUUUGCUGCUUUUUAUCCUCUUCCCCUCCAACUCCUCCUGCCUGCUGUGCAGACUACAAGAAUUGUUUCUGUUUGUUU